GUGGAGUCAGAGGAAGUGGUGACGUUUUGCGCAUGCGUGAAUACAAUUUUCCUUCACACGUGAAGUGUUGAUAUUUCUCUUCGUUGAUACUAACUGUAGAUAUAUUAGCAACUAGAGUCUUGUAUUUAUGGAAUUUAUUUGUUACAUAGAUUUAAAGGUGUUCUACUUUGCACAAUGAAAGUAAAAGUGCUUUCCCGAAAUCCGGACGAUUAUGUUCGUGAAACGACAAGGGAUAUACAUCGUGUUCCAAGGAACUACGACCCAACACUUCACCCGUUUGAGGUACCCAGAGAGUACACUAGGGCUCUCAACGCCACCAAGCUGGAGCGUGUGUUCGCCAAGCCCUUCGUAGGAUCCUUGGACGGACACAGAGAUGGCAUCAACUGCAUGGCCAAACAUUCCAAGAGCCUGUCCAUUCUGCUGUCUGGAGCUUGUGAUGGAGAGGUGAAACUGUGGAACCUCCCAAAGCGUGAGUGCUUCCGCACUGUGCAAGCCCAUGAAGGCUUUGUCAGAGGAAUAGUAACCCGAUUUUGUGGCACGUCCUUCUUCACGGUUGGUGAUGACAAAACAAUCAAACAGUGGAAGAUGGAGCCACCAGGCUAUGGAGAGCAGGAGGAACCUCUUAACACAAUCCUUGGCAAGGCUGUGUUCACUGGCAUCGAUCAUCACCAGAUUGGCGAGACGUUUGCCACAUGCGGCCAGACGGUGGACAUCUGGGACGAGCAGAGGACCAGCCCCAUCCGCAGCUUUUCCUGGGGAGUCGACAGCUUCAGCUGCGUGCGCUACAACCCAGUCGAGACGGAGCUGCUGGCUAGCUGUGCCUCAGACAGAAGCGUAGUGCUUUAUGAUAUGAGGGAGGCCACACCUCUCAAGAAGGUGAUUAUGAAGCUGCGGAGUAACACGCUCUGCUGGAACCCAAUGGAGGCGUACUACUUCACCAGCUCCAAUGAGGACUACAACCUGUACACCUAUGACAUGAGGUACCUGGACAACCCUGUGACGGUUCACAUGGACCACGUCUCCGCGGUGCUGGAUGUGGACUACUCCCCCACAGGGAGGGAGUUUGUGUCGGCCAGCUUUGACAAGAGUGUCCGCAUCUUCCCCAAGGACGGUGGUCACAGCAGGGAAGUGUACCACACCAAGCGCAUGCAGCACGUCAUCUGUGUCCGGUGGUCAGCCGACAACAAGUACAUCCUGAGUGGCUCGGACGAAAUGAACAUCCGUAUGUGGAAGGCCAACGCCUCAGAGAAGCUGGGAGUGCUGACGCCCAGAGAGAAGACGACGCGCGACUACAACCAGAAGCUGAGGGAGAAGUUCCAGCACCACCCGCAUAUCCGACGCAUCGCACGCCACCGCCACCUGCCCCACGACAUCUACAAGCAGCGCCGCGAGCAGCGCGAGAUGAGGGAUGCCCGUAGACGGAAGGAGCUGAACGUGAGGAAGCACAGCAAGCCGGGCUCUGUCCCUGUGGAGACGGAGAAGGAGAAGCACGUGGUGACCGUGGUGGAGUAGGAAGAGGAGGGGGGGAGAAGAGGCACCGACACACACACACACACACACACACUCACUUUUGGAGAAUUCUUACACACACACACACUCUCUCACUCACACCACACACACACACUCACCACACUCACACACUCUCGAGACAGACUGUGGGAUGGGCCCUUUGAGGCUCGACUGAGACUUUGUUUCCCAAGUGAAGGACAUUCAGCAGGACGUGUUUCGCUCCAGAUAAAAAUCUCCACCUCAUCCUUUUUCUGCCAUCUAUUGGAGGAGAGGGAAAAGAUUUAAACAAUUUUGAGGACAUGGUGGGAAUAUGUAACUUGCACACUUUGCAGGCUAUGAUGUGGAGUUGGAAACAUUGGAUUUGAUAUGCAAAUGGUAUUAAUAAAUUGUGUUUGAUACUUA